CACUGACAUCUCAGAAGACCAGGGACCAAUAAGACGCCACUCAGAUGCAGUAUUCACUGAUAAUUAUACAAGACUUCGAAAAGUGAUUGCUGUGAAAAAGCACUUGAAUAAUCUUCUUGGGAACCCCAGUGUAGAUGGUGCAGAGAUGGAAACCAAAAAGAAUUCCCAGCUCCUUGUGCUCAUGAUCCUUCUCAGCGUGCUCUUCUCACAAACACUGGCCGUGCCUCCUUUGGAAGCAGAAGCUCUGAGGAAUGUCAGACAUGCUGAUGGAGUUUCCACCAGUGACAUUAGUAGUCUCUUGGAUCCUUAUUCUCCCAAAGAGUACCCGGAGUCCCUUAUUGAAAAACGAGCAAGCACUGACAUCUCCGAAGACCAGGGACCAAAUAAACGCCACACAGAUACAAUAUUGACUGAGGAGUUAUCCAGACUUCUAAAACAGCCGGCUGUGAAGGAAUACCUGAAGGGAGUGCUUGAGAGAACCAGGUAA